AUGGACCCUCGAUCUAAACAGCCUGCUUGGGCAACGCUAGGAUUACAGGUCAUCGCAAUUAUUUGCGCGUGUGCACUGUAUAACAUUGCCUCUGCCUCUGUUUCCGGGAAGCGUAAUGUCCAAGGGCUGCAUCAGCCGAACCAGUUUCCAGGUAUAGAAUUAGUCGGCGGCGCUCAACAAAAAGAAAAAGCACCAAAGUUGUUCUUUCCAAGUGCCAUAGUACGGGUGAACAAAGCCUUACCUGACCAAGUGUAUACUUCAAGCUCGCAUGUCAUACUGAGCGAUAGCGACUCGAUGUUCUUUCAGUGGCACCUCGGCCGGUCCAGAUUCACGUCUUGCUAUAUCGACAGCAUCGUUCCCACUGUUGAAGAUGGUCUUGCGGCCAACAAGUCCUAUACUUCAUCUGGGACCAUCACCGAAAUCCAAAUCUGGAAUGUUACCACUCCUGCUGAAGGCAUAAUGAGCCUCAGCUGGAACACACAACCCCGACGAAUAAAUGACCAUAAGUGUGUGCCUCACCAAUGUCGCAAGGAAGCUUCGGUUCGCGGUUCGGAACGGUUCGGGAAAGUCCGAACCUAUGUCCGAACCGUCCGAGAGACAGCGGACCGCGAACCUCAUUCCGGUUCGGUCCGCGCAAAAUGCAGAACCGUGGACCGAACCAAGGACGAACCUGACCAUUGGUCAGGUUCGAACCGCAGUUCGGGACCGGACCACGGCAGCACUAGGACUCCGGAAGGCGAUACUUAGCUUCACAUGUCAAUCAAGCCUUUUGGAGUUGAUACGUGCAGUACUGACAAUACGCGAGGACAGAGAAUGGGUGUAAUCGCAUACAGGCUGACCUUCGUGAUUCCCAUAUCCACAUAAAGACAUCAUAUAUAGCCCAACCAGUGGAUUCAGCUUUCGACCUAAAUGGCAUUUGUUUGGCUUGUCCCCAG